AUGAACUACCACGAACUACAUCUUCGCAUCUCUAAAGAGAUUGAAGACAAAUCAGGAGAAGGGACCGCCUAUGGCAAUAUGGGAACCGUCUAUCAGAAUCUGGGUAAAUUUGAGGACGCAAUAGAACUUCUCAAAAAGCAUCUCAAGAUUGCGAAACUUGUGGGAGAUAGACAUGGGGAGGCUAGUGCAUAUUCCAAUCUAGGCAAUGCUUUAUACUCUUUGGGUGACCUUAGAAGAGCUGUAGAAUAUCACGAGCUACACUUGAGAAUUGUUACAGAACUAGGCGAUAAAGCUGGAAAAGGACGCGCUUAUGGCAAUUUAGGUAAUGCCUACUGUUCCCUUGGUGACUUCGCAAAAGCCAUAUCAUACCAUAGCCUCUAUCUGAAAAUUGCCAAAGAAGUAGGAGACAAAGAUGGAGAAGGACGUGCUUAUGCCAAUCUGGGCAUUGCUCAUCAGAAGUUAGGUGAUUACAAGGUAGCCUUAGAAUACCAUAAUCUGCAUCUUAAAAUUACCAAAGAGACAGGGGAUAGAGCUGGAGAAGGUGGAGCAUUUGCAAAUCUUGGAAAUGUGUUUAAUUCUCUUGGUGACUUCAACAAGGCUAAAGAAUACCACACGAUACACUUGCAAAUUGCUAAGGAACUAGGAGACAAACCUGCGGUAAGUCAGGCAUACGCCAAUCUUGGUGUUGCUUAUAGUAACCUGGGCGAUUUCAAAAAAGCCAUAUGGCACCAGGAACUAGUUCUUGGUAUUGCCAAGGAGGUGGGAGACAAAGUAGCAGAGGGCUGCGCAUACGCCAAUCUCGGUAAUAAUCACUCUUCUCUUGGUGAUCUAGAACGAGCGCUAGAGUAUCACAACAAACAUCUUAGCAUCGCCAGCGAAGUGGGAGACAAAGCUGGAGAAGGACAUGCGUAUUCCAAUAUUGGAAAUGAUUAUUUUAGUCUUGGUGAUCGAGAACGAGCGCUAGAGUAUCACAAUAGACAUCUAACCAUCGCUAAAGAAGUAGGAGACAAAGCUGGAGAAGGACGUGCAUAUGCCAAUCUUGGAAAUGAUUAUUUUUCUCUUGGUGAUCCAGAAAAAGCGCUAGAGUUUCACAUGAGACACUUAAGCAUCACCAAAGAUGUGGGAGACAGAGCUGGAGAAGGAAAUGCAUAUGCUAAUAUUGGAAAUGCAUUUUUCUCCCUCGGUGUUUAUCAAAAGGCUAUCGAGUACUUCCAACUGCAUCUUACUUUUGCCCUUGAAGUUAAAGACGUCGCGGAAGAGGGGAGUGCAUAUACAAAUCUCGGCAAUGCCUAUGGUGUGCUCGGUGAUUUCAAGAAGGCUUUAAACUACUACAAAAAACAGCUCAACAUUGCGAUGGAAAUAGGUGAUAGACCCUCUGAAGGGCAUGCAUACGCCAACCUUGGAAAUGCUUAUCUUAAUCUUGGAAAAUUGUGCGAGAGUGAAUGCUGCUAUAAAUCCAGUGUAAGAUUGUUUGAUAGCAUGAGAGAACAUCUUCUUGAUAAAGAUGAAUGGAAAAUUUCCUGGCGGGAUCUUCAUAAUCAAGCCUACACUUCCUUUUGGAAAGUACAAUUAAAACAAGGAAAAGUGAGGGAAGCUCUUUUUACAGCAGAGCAAGGACGAGCCCAAGCAUUAGCAGAUCUCUUGAAAUUACGUCAUUGUUUUGAUGAGGUUUCUCUUGUAAAGGAUAUCGAGACUUUGCUCGACACAACGACAACAGUAGUUUUUAUGUCCAUUGGCCACAACGAUAUUAACCUUUGGGUUUUGGGAGAAGGGGGAAGUGUGCAAUUUACACAAGUUGAAGUUGAUAAAGAUUUUUUUCAGAUGGUAAGUGUCAGUGCAUGGUGGCGUUGUUGUUGUUCAUGCGUUGAAACUGUUGAGAGUGAAUGUCGUUUACGGACUUUUUACAAGUUUCUCAUUGCUCCUAUCAAAGAAUAUAUUACAAGCCAAGAGAUAUUAUUUGUGCCCGAUGGUCCACUCUUCAUGCUUCCUUAUGCAGCAUUUAAAGACCACCGCGGUAAGUUCUUAAGUGAGUAUCUCAGAAUUAGACUAACACCAUCGCUGACCAGUUUAAAGUUGAUUGUGGAUUGUCCGAAAAACUACCACUGUGACAGUGGAGCACUGCUUGUUGGAGAUCCGUCGAUCGAGUUUUGUUGGAAGGGAAAUUAUUUUUCGCGGCUCCCAUAUGCCAGGGAAGAAGUGGAAAUGAUCGGAAGAAUUCUCAAAGUGAAACCUCUUACUGGAGAAGAAGCUACAAAACGCGAAGUGUUGGAACGGUUAAGCUCUGUGGCCCUGAUACACAUUGCAGCUCAUGGUUCCACUGAAAAUGGUGAAAUUGCGUUGUCGCCUAAUCCCACGAGGUCAAGUGAGGUUGUCACUGAGGAAGAUUUCAUCCUGACAAUGGCAGAUGUAUUACAAGCAAAUGUUCGUGCUAGACUAGUUGUACUAACUUGUUGUCAUAGCGGCCGUGGAGAAAUCAAGGCUGAAGGUGUAGUGGGAAUUGCGCGAGCUUUUUUAGGAUCUGGUGCUUCGUCUCUUUUGGUGUCUCUGGGUACUGUCGACGACGAGGCCACCUUCGAACUCAUGAAAUCUUUUUACCAAUAUCUAGUAGAUGGCAAAAGUGUAAGUGAAUCUCUCAGUUUUGCCCAAAAGUUCCUACGAGAAUCAGAAGAGUUUAGUGACGUCAAGCACUGGGCUCCUUUUGCGGUAAUUGGCAACGAUUUGACAUUGUUUGAGGGAUUGGAGAACCAUUCAGCUUAGUAGAUACUGGCCGUGAAGUUACAAGUGUAGGACUUCGUUCAGAAAUUUGUCACCCUUCUCAAUGGACUUGGAGACUUCAAUGCAAUGGCAAUUUACCUUGGCGUUUCCAACGAAGUUUGUGGGGUUGAACUCAACCAGAGACUUAAAGCUUUUAUUUUUGAGAAGAAACGAUCCUUAUUAUGAAGGUAAGUUCGAGAGAAUAAAAGGGUAACCAAACUAUGGAAUUAAAACGGACGAAAUCAUGAAUACUUGACAAUUACACGCGCACCCACCCACGCACUCACUCCAAAAUGAAUUAAUUUGGACUGAGUAUAUGCAUGAAAAACAUGAAAGUACUCCUCACGGAAAUUUAAGCCAAAGUAUUGGUAUCUUGAUUACAGGAUUUGUUGGUGUUUCCUUCUGAAAAUGGGUCUGUCAAGUUUCCCAACGGAAAACUUCCAACCGAUUAAAAUUACAACGUCCAAUGUAAGGUAACUAGAAGGCUGUGUGGAAAGUGUCGAUUUAUAUUAACUUAGUGGGAAAUAACAUUUGUUCAAUGGAUGGCCUUUUGUUCGCUGUUCUGAUAAAUAGUUUGUAUUUUCAGCUAUUAAAUCAGUCAUAAUAAUUGGUGAAAAAAAUCAGCAUGGAAAUGAUUUAUAAAUUCAUCGUAGUGUUUUCAGGGAGUGAAAUCUUUUUCUUACGUUUAUGUGACUCUUAUCAAUUGAGUUUUGGUCUUUAUAGCUUACUCGUACUCGUUGACUUCUUAAUUUUUUUUGCGAUAACGCGUUCGAAUUUUACAGCGAAAUUGUUGUCAAUUUGAAUCUAAAUUUUCACCAGAUUUUUGUAAGACAUAUUUUGAAUGUUCUUUUAUCUUAUCUUUUCCGAUCUCUUGGGUGCUUGGGAAGCCACUGUUACUUGUUGGGUAACGCUAGCAAAAACAAAGUCGUUUUGGCGGACCAAGCGUAAUACUGUGCUCAUUAUUUCAUUUCUUUUCACUCCUCAUUCCGUGUGAGCAGCUGUGCUCUAAGGCCUUUUAUAUCAACAAAAAGGGAACUCCAGAAUAAGCUCGGGUGAUGGGAGAAAUUGUGACCUUAGUUUGCCUUAUUUCUUCAUAGUUUGAACAGGGCACUCGACGUUGUAAUGCUUACAUAAAAUUAUGUUAUCAACCAAUCGCAGCACAACGGCCCGUGAGCCUCUCAUAGAACCACUGCUAAGAAGUCCAGCAUUCGUAAUGUUGGGAGUAUAUGCCAUACCACAGUAAUACAAAUGCUUUUAGUAAAACUUUUUAUUUAGUGAUUAAUUUGUUUUCUUUAUUAAUAACUUCCCCUCUAAAUUUCAGAACAUGAAUAUUAGCCGAUUUAGAGCCUGUGUCAAGGAGUUGUACGAGACAGGAUGCCAUCCCGUAUCAGUGAGCUAUGUGGUCCUAACGG